CUUAGCCUGGAUUACGGGCUCGUUGGAUCUCCAAGCGACAAGCCGGUUAACCUUUUGCCUGGACUUCGAACGAUCACCUGUCUUCUUCGCUCAUCAGCUUCUGCCGAUUGGACAUUUGGACUGGCGAGACUUGCUUAUCUUUUGUUAUCCUCUUCAGAUAUAUCUGAUCCUUUAACGCAAGAGUUUAAGUUGGCAGGACCCGAAAGCAGGCACUUGCAAGACAUGUUUUUCUCUGCUAGCCAGGAGCCACCAUCACCAUUCGAGUUACAGCAAAGUGGACUUAUCGAUGCUCUUUUGGCCUACCUCACAAAUCCGGUAGAUAGUGGACUUCGUAUUAGACUUAUGCUUAGAUUAAUGCAUGUCAUGUAA